UCUCACUUGUAGAACCCGGCUAAUUCUAGGAAGCGACGUCACAGACUAACGGAAGCGUCGUCAAGGUAACCGUCUCAAGCGCGUUUGUUGCGGAGAACCUUUUGCUGUUGUCAGGUCUGAAACUCCAUUGAAGAUGAGUGACCAACUGAAACUCAUUGUUGAAAAGCUCAACAAAGAACCUUUUAAGAGAAACUACAACUUAAUAACUUUUGAUUCACUGGAACCCAUGCAGUUAUUACAGGUUUUGAAUGAUGUUCUUGCAGAAAUUGACCCAAAGAACUCCGUUGACAUUCGAGAGGAGAUGCCAGAUCAGACUGCUAAACGCAUGUUGAGUAUUCUUGGAAUUAUGAAGUAUAAACCUCCAGGAAACAUAGGAGAUAUGAGUGUAUUUCGCCAAGGAUUAGUUGUUGGAAGCAAACCUGUAAUUCAUCCAGUGUUGUACUGGCUACUCCAGCGAACUAAUGAAUUGAAGAAGAGGGCUUACUUGUCACGAUUCUUGGUCAGACUGGAGGUUCCAGGAGAGUUUCUUCAAGAUGAUGUUGUAUCUGAGACUAAUAAGCAGUAUGAAGAUUUAAUGGAGAACUUUAAAAUUAUCCAUAAAGAGUGUGAACAACUUAAAUCUUCUGGAUUCUCCACUGCAGAUAUCAGACGGGAUAUCACUGCAAUGGAAGAAGAGAAAGAUCAGCUCAUUAAGAGAGUGGAACGUCUCAAAAAAAGGGUGGAGACAGUGCAGAAUCAUCAGAGGAUGCUUGAAAUAGCAAGACAGCUGCGUGUUGAAAAUGAAAGGGAAGAAUCCUUGGCACAGCAGAAGCAAGAACAGAAGAAUCAGCUGUUUCAUGCUGAACAGAGGUUGCAAAGAGCACAACAUCAGCUGAAGAAUAUGCGCCAUGCUGCUGCAGAUGCAAAACCUGAAGGUCUUAUGAAAAGACUUGAAGAGGAAAUGAAAUUUCAUUCAUACAUGGUUUCUGAAAAGCUUCCGAAAGAACUAGAGAGCAAACGGCAGACUUUGCAUUUCCUGCAAAAAGUUGUCACAGAGCCAGCAAUGAGUCAGGCUGAUCUAACUGAGCUCGAAGAAAAGAUUCAUGAAGUCAAUUUGCAGAUUAAUCAACUGAUUGAAAAUCGAAUGAGAAAGGAUCCAAUGGAUAACAAAUUGUCUCUUUUCCGGCAACAGGCAGCUAUUAUUGCACGAAAGAAAGAAACCAAAGCCGAGGAAUUACAGGAGGCAAAAGAAGAGAUUGCCAACUUCGAGAGAGAAAUAGCACAAAAAUCCACCCAGGCUCGAGAUAUUGAUGGCUCUGAGAUAUUAAGAGGAGAUGAGUUUAAACAUUAUGUCAGCAAACUGAGAUUUAAAAGCUCAGUCUAUAAGAAAAAACGUCAGGAGCUGGCAGAGCUUAGUGCUGAGAAUGGUGUCUUGCAGAGGACAGAGGAGAUCUUGAAACAACGACAUGAGAAUAUACAGCAACAGCUGCAAGCAAUUGAACAGAAAAAAGGCAUUCUUGGGUACAGUGACACGCAGGAAGAACUGGAGAGGGUGUCGGCUUUGAAGAGUGAAGUGGAUGACAUGAAAGGAAGGACUUUAGAUGACAUGUCUGAUAUGGUAAAGAAAUUGAAUUCCAGGAUAGCAGAGAAAAAGUCAGCACUGGCGCCAGUCAUUAAAGAAUUGAGACCAUUACGUCAGAGAUGCCAGGAACUGACUCAGGAACAUGAUGAUAAAAAAGCUCAAUAUGACAGCUGUGCUGCUGGCCUGGAGAGUAACCGUUCAAAGUUAGAACAGGAAGUUCGUGGACUUAGGGAAGAGUGCAGCCAAGGAGAGAGUCAGUAUCAUCACAUCAACUUGAUGAAGAAGAGUGUUGAAAUACAGAUACAACGAGCAGCAGAUGAAAUGAAAGCUUAUGUUUCUCCCGACCCACAGGAACGUAGAAAAGCUAUCAGGGAACAGUAUUCAAGAAAUAUCUUAGAGCAAGAAAAUCUCGGAAAGACUGUGAGAAUCCGGCAUUGUGCUGGCUGCAGGGUAGGAAGCAAAGCUGUGUCGUCAAUGAAACCCCGACUAUGAUUCAUCAGGUGUAACAUGAGCUUCCUCUUCUGUGUUUCAUCUGAAUAAUGGAAAGUCACUCUCCAUGGAAAUGUUAUUUGUACAUACCAACUUUUUUAAGCAUCCAAUUAUAAAUCACACCUGUCUUUCACACAUCAAGCCCAGUUUUCACCUUCUUAGAAAGGCGACCUCUUGUAGUUUUAUUUAUAUAGGAAUCUCCCUGCAUUUUCCAUAAUAUGCUACAGUGGCAGAAGAUCUGCAGAGAGUGACUUCAGAUUGGGAUAGAGGGGCAUGUGAAUGAAAGCUACCCCCCAAUAGUUAUAGUGUAAAGGGAUUUGUCUUAUAAUGGAUAUAAUGUGGCACCCCCAUUAAUAUCCACACAGGAUGGUUUAGUAUAACAGUGUCUAUAAUAGCUUCAUGGUUUUGACACAGAGAAGAGAGCAAAGUGCACAUUGAUCAUGUGAUAUUGUAUAUGGCCUUGGUGCGUGACUUUAAUGAAAGCAUGUGUUACUGAGCAAUCACUGGCACAUAAGGUUAUGGAGGAUUCGUGGCAUAACAUAACAUGCAUGUAACUGGUCCUAGACUGGCCAUAACAAUAUUUGUAGGAAUAUCAUAUAAAAGCCGAAGAUUUAUGUAAAUACUGCUUGAUUACAGAAUUAAAAUGUGUCUUUGCUUCUUUAAUAAUUGGCAAUUUGGGCAUUAUUACAAAUAAUUAUUGUAUGACCUCUUCCAGUGGUCAGAUGGUUUCAAUAUUAGAAUGUGAACAAAUAUAAUAUUUGAUCUUUGAUUUGAAAGUUACAUGGCAAAAGUCUGAAGUGGGGAAAAAACUGUAAACUUUAAAAAAUUACAAAACUACAUGGUAUUGCUUGUAAUCCCAAAAAUGUUCUUUUACAUUUACACUUCAUAGCCUAUACUGUAGGAAGGGAACACACAAUAAGCAGUAGCUCAGCAGUACAGUCUUAUAAGGAACUGAGGAUGAGGGAAAGGAUACAAAAUAAUAGAAUUAUUCAUGCAGAUUAAGUUAGAGCUUCAACAGGGAACAUUUACCUUAGAAGGUAGGAAUGGUAACUCACGUGGUAAAUAUUAGUAGAUUAUAGGAGUCUUUUACUAUAAGACAGGAGUGCAAAAAUGGUGGGGGAGGCAUGACAGUGUCUUCCCAACUAAUUUACAUGUCAUUCAGAUAUGUUAGAGUGUGGAGAGGACUUAGGCCAAAAUUGGGCCAGGCAGAGCAAACCUGCAUCCCCUGACCCUGCACCUCAUGCCAGAAAUUUUUAUCUGGAACAAGGUACAGACCACAGCCAGACCAGAUGAAGAAGUGGUUGAUGAACGCUUUCGUCCCUUAGUAUUCUGGCCCCUUGCAUUUUGCCAUGGGAGAGGUGCAGUUGCUGCAUUGGAUGAUCCAAAAUUCCAGCUUUUUGCUGCCCCUGGUAACCUUUUGGGUGCUGUCGUCUGGUGCAAGACUCUUAACUUGCCUCAUGGCAGCAGAGCCCUUCUUAUAAGGUGGACAUUCAUUUGUAGAAAAUGACCAGUUGAGCAUUAGAAUCUUGUGAGAACUAUGUGUGUGUCAGUAUUUACAGGCUGCAAGAGCUGUGUAGGUAGGUAGUUGUAGGUAAAGUUCAGGCACUUGUCAGAACAGUAUUGGAGAUUUGUUGUAGGUUUGUUACAAAGCAGAAAACUGUAUUUUAGGAAUACUAAGGUGAUUUUUUUUAAAUUCAUUUUUGUAAUGUUUUUUUUUUCCAACAUCAUUUUUACAAUUGUUCUGUUCUAACAGGCGCUAAGAGAAAAGCAGAAGUUAGUGCGGGAAAGUCACGGGCCAAAUAUGAAACAAGUGAAGAUGUGGCGUGACUUU